GAAAUGCUAACAACGAGAUCAGCGCUAGCGCUCGGUCUCUUCCCCUUCUGCUCGUUCAAUUUCUCACAUCCUUGCGGCCCUGCAUAGAAUGUUGCAGGGUCUGUGAUAGGACAAAUGAUAUUGGACCUGUCUCGGCGGAAAGAAACAUGUUCAUCCGGUACUUUGGAUGGGACAGAUUUGGUUCGUCCGUCGCGAUACUUACAUGUAAAUAAUAGAACAGACAUUCAUAAAUUUCAAGUUCAAGUUCUUCCUGAGCUUUCAAACGGACGUCUGCCCUCCCAGGGCCGGUAUCUUUGCUGGACCCCGGCUGGCAUGAGUGAGAAGUAUGCCGGAUCCAAUUCCAUCAUGCUUGACUUCCCCGAGCAUGCAACGCGUUGCUGGAGUCUGCAAGCCUUCAAGCUUCAGAGGAGGGUUACAGCUCUUAACCGCCACUCCCUCCUUCUCCCUCCAGUAGUCCAGUGCUUGCUGAUCCUGUCUAGUGAUUGCAAAGGACAAAGACACCAUGUCCGAGCUCGAUAGCAAUCUUUAUUCCGACACUGGAAGGCCAGGUGUCACCGAUGUAGACCUUGAACAUGCUUCGCCGAAUGAGAAAGAUGUUUCCGAGGAUACUGUUGUUUCAUUGUCCUUGAAACAAACUCCGCAAGAUCCUCCAGAGGGGGGAGUGCGGGCAUGGUUGACAGUGAUUGGUUGCUCAUUUGUUAUGUUCAUUUCUUUUGGCAUGAUACAGAGCUUUGGCGUAUUUCAAGAUUACUAUACUCGUGUCGUUCUGAGUGGUUUCUCGCCGUCUGAUAUCAGUUGGAUAGGAUCUGUGCAGACAUUCUUACUUUAUGCAUUGGGGCUCUAUACGGGCAAAUGGUUCGACAAUGGUUACUUCUACUUUAUGAUCAUCCCCGGCUCGAUCAUUUACAUCAUUUCGAUCUUCAUGCUGUCGCUAUGCAAGCCGCAGCACUAUUAUCAAUUUUUUCUGUCUCAAGGACUCGGUAUGGGAAUUGGGAUGGGGCUCGUCACAGUGCCGUGUAUCUCAAUCAUCUCGCACUAUUUUCAAACUCGGCGAGCUCGCGCGAAUGGGAUAGUCUUUGCAGGCUCUACUCUCGGUGGCCUCCUCUGGCCGAUCAUGCUGAAUCGACUUAUUCUACAUGACGUAGGAUUUGCUUGGGGAGUGAGGAUUACUGCAUUUCUUUGUUUUGCACUACUUUUCUCGGCCAACCUACUGAUGCGGACGCGCCCUCCCGCUAUAAGACCAGCUCGUACUCCAAUGGUGAAAGGGCUCAAGGUUGCAUUCUCAGACUUGCCAUUCAAUCUUUGUCUUGUUGCCGUGUUCAUUACAGGUUUGGGUCUGUUUUUCCCAUUCAACUAUCUUGAGCUAUUUGCAUCUUUACAUGGUAUCCCUCCAAAUUUAACACAAUAUACACUUGCCUUAUUCUUUGGAUCUGGUACUAUUUUUGGGAGAAUUGUGCCGGGGAUUCUGGCAGACCAUUAUGGCAUACUGAAUGUGAUGCUCGCAUAUACAAUAGUGGGAGGAGGAUUGAUAUUCCUCAUGUCCAGAGCUGACACUGUGGGUGGAUUCCUUGCAUUCACAUUGCUCUAUGGACCAUGUGGUGGAGUACUACCAUCGCUUUUCCCUGCUUCCGUCGGGUGUUAUACAAGCAACAGAUCAGAAUACGGAUUACGACUGGGCAUUGGUUGUGUGCUCUAUGGGAUCGGUUCUCUUAUUGGGGGACCUAUAAACGGUGCUCUCCUUCGUGCGCCUUCGUAUGAUUGGGAGUCUGCUAUUAUCUUCAGCGCAGUAACCGUUUUGGGAGGUUCCAUUGCGCUGAUUGCUUCGAGAGAGAUUUUGGUGAAGAAGAAAGGAACGCAAUUGAUAUGAUGCAGACAUCAUUGGAUAAGAUCGAACUCCGACUUCUCCCAUCGGAAUGUAUUAUUCUGCCUGUGUAGCCUCUCUGUGUUUCUUCUGAUAUCUAUUGAUAAGAAAAAUAAGCCACAGCAUCCGUCUUAUCU